AUGGGUAAGAAAACAUCCUCAUCAUCAUCGACAUCAUCACCCACCGUAUUGGGAAUAUCCUUGGCUUCUGCAAGAACUGCUUCUAGUAAAGCUCCAAAGGAGUACCUUCCGCAUGAUGAAAUUUAUUCUCAAAUAUUGAAAUAUACAUCCGGAAGAGAAGAUGAAACAUUAAUAUCGUGCUUAAACAAGUAUCUUUUUCAAGCAAAGGAUUUUAUGUAUUAUUAUUAUGAUUAUCCAUGGAAAGAUUUUACAAACGUGAGAAGAGCCUUUCAUAAAUUAAUUCAAAUGCAAACGUUACUGACGCUUUUAAAAGGAAAGUAUUACUUGGAAAUUUCCAAUGAAAAGCAUGAUGAAGAAUUAUCAAAGGUUCUUCAAGAAGACCGAAAAACACAAAAUUCAGAAAAGACUUUAAAAAAGAAUCAAAAAGAAUUAUUACAAUCGCAAAACAAUCCAUCAGAGGACGAAGCAAGUGGUAUUUCCACUCAUGUCAUUCAUAUUGAUUUUAACUUGUUGAAAAAAACCAUCAAAUCCACACAACGUAUUGACUGUUCCAAUUUUCAAUCAGUCAUGAAUAUUGGAAAAAGUAUUCCAAGCGCAUCCAAACAAAACAAAAAUGUCCAAAACAACCAUAGUUCCUCUAAUUCAACCAUUAUUCAAGUCAUUGCUGGAGAUUGUUUAGAGACAUCCAUUGCUUUAAAACAAAAAUUGAAUUUAAAUCCACUCAUGUUAGUGAACGGAAGUUUGUCUCAUCCUGGAGGAGGGUAUGCCAAUGGAAGUUUUGCUCAAGAAGAAGACAUGUGUCGUCGAUCAUCAUUGGCCCUUUGCUUGGAUGAUCCUUUCAAGAUGGAUGAUUCACGACAAUGGUCAUAUCCUUUGCCUCAAUUUGGAGGUUGUUAUGUUCCUCAAUGUUUAGUGUUACGACAAUCUGCCAAACAAGGUUAG